AUGCCGCGCGAGGCGAGCUCCUCCAGCGAGGACGGCUCCGGCUCCGGCUCCGGCUCCGGCUCCGGCCGCGGCGGCGGCAGCACGCACCGCCGGCGCUCGCGCUCGCGGGACGAGACUCGCGGCGGCGGAUCGGCGCGCGCCCCCGACAGGCUCGCGUCGCCGGCCGCGGCCCAGGGCAGCGCGGGACCGUCGACGGCCCCCGCGAAGAUUCUCGCGCGCGUGUCGCUCGACGCCGACCCGCGGAACCCGAAGGAGCCGCAGAAGAUCAAGCUGGGGGAGGGCCUCGCGGUCCUGAGAGUGCCGGGCUUCCUAGACAUUCUGGAGCACGCCGUGGCGGGGAAGAAAGGCGCGCCGUUGCCCGCAAGCAAAGCGGGCGGCCUGCAAGAACGCCAGGGGGAGGUCGUGCGUCACGAGACGCUCGCCAAGGACGGGCGCGAGGUCCCCGCGCUCAGCGUGGGGCGGACGCAGUGGCGGAUGGUCCGCGUCUACGCGGCCCUCCUCAUGGGCAUGCAGCCCCGCGACUUCACGAAGCCCACCAUCCUCGCGCUGGCGGUGCAGAUGCGCCCGCGCAAGGGGGACGGCUCGUGCAGGCCGCUGAAGUGCUUGGACGACGUGCUGAAGGAACUCGGCACGUACCUGCCGCGGGACGAGGGCGCGACUGACGAGCAGCACGAUGCGGCGCGCGCCAGCUUCGUGAAAACCCUGGAGGGCAGGGUGCGCCUCCUCGACCACGGCGGCUGCAGCGUGGACAGAGCCGUGGGUUCUCACCUGACGAAGCCCGUCGCGCUGGUGAAGACCAGCCGUGCGACGCAGGAGCCGCAACUGGGGCCGCUCGGGGCGCGGAUCGUCGCCGCGGCGUUCCCGGCCCUCCGCAAGAACGCGUCCAGUCCGGCCAGGGACCUCUACCAGCUGCAGGCCCCGGUCCCCCGGGAGACAUCGCGGCAGUGGAAGGCCCCUGCGCCGACGGCGGACACGCUGCGUCGGCUGCUCGAGCGCUCCGAGCAGAUGUGCAAGCCGAGUACCAUCACGGCGGAGUUCCUGGCGCUGCCGUGGGUCCAGGCGUACGUGCAGCCCGACCUCGACCGGGCCGCCCUCUACGUCGUGGGCAACAAGGACCUGUCUGAGGCGGUCGGCGCGCACCUCGUCGAGCCGGCCGUCGCCGGCGCCGGCGACGGCGAGCGCCGCCCCCAGGCAGACGAGCGCCCCCUGGCGCUCGUCAACAUGCUGGCGCAUGCGCUGGGGCACCUCGAGGCGGAGAUGUCGGACAACAGGCAGUCCUCGCCGAUCGAGGAGUGGGAGGAGGCGCUGUGCAGGCCCGCGCUGCACGUGCCGCCCGUGCCGUGGCGGUUCUGCACCUUCGAGGUGCCGGAGCUGACCCGCUACGCGCCCUCCUGA